AUGUUUAGUAAAUGUUAUCGUUGUCAAGAAAUACUUUGGGGAGCCUCAGUUAAGGACAUCAAAGGCAAUGACUACUGCCUUGAUUGUUCAAAAUGUUCCCAAUGCCACUUAAAACUUACCGGCAAGUAUCAUGUUGGUCUCAAAGGAGGUUUUUGGUGUAGUGAUUGUGUCAAAAAUCAUCGCAUUAAAGAAGUAGCAACCGCCCAACAAGAAAUAAAGAAAUUAGCCCAAGAAAGAGAAGAAUUGCAAAAACAAUUAGAUGAGUUAAAUAAUCCCGCUUCUCAUUGUGAAAUUUGUUCUAAAAAAAUAAAGGGUGGUGAUACUUAUUAUGCUACUUCCCAAGAACCAGAUAAAAAAACUUGCCCUACUUGUUAUCAAGACCAAAUAGAUAAAAGGUUAGCCGAAACAAAAAGGAAGAAAAAAGAAUUAGAGAGAGAAAAUGAAGAAGUUAACGAUAUAAUGGAGCAAGCCGAACAAGCCAACUUAGCAGGAAAAGUUUUUGUUCUUUCCGAGCGAGGAAAAAAGUUAUUAGGAUCCAAGGGAGUAAAAAUUGUUGAAGAUGAAGUAACAAAUAACCAAAAUGAAAAAGAUUUUAGUGAAGUAAUCGCUUCAACUUCUCAAAAUAAAGAAUUACCUAUUUUACCAGUGCAAGGUUUAAAUUCUCAAACAAAAAACGAUGAACUAACCCAAUUAAUUCAGCAAACUAAAGAAAAAAUAGGUGUUAAUUUAAUACUUGCUUUAGAAACUUUACUUGAUACCCAAAUUGAAAUUACUCAGGAAACCCUUGAAUAUCAUUUAGAAAAAAAAUUAGAAGUAAUUUUGGUUAACUCUACUUUAGAGAUCAUUAAAUCUAGUAACAUUAAUAAAAAACCAGUUGUUGUUUAUCAGGCAAAGGUUGAAACUUAUCUCCAACAAAAAUAUCCAACUGAACAAGCCAAAGCAGAAAUAACAAAGUUAUAUAUAGUUGACAAAGGCUUAGAAGGAAAUUUAGACUUAACUGAUUUUCCGAAUUUAGAGAAAUUAUAUCUCUAUAAUAAUUGCCUCACUAAACUAAAUUUAAAUAAUUGUAAGAAAUUAUGGAGAAUUAAAUGCUCUAAUAACCAACUCACUAAUCUUAAUUUGAGCAAAAUCACCACUGAACAAUUACGAGAACAAUUAAAACUCUUAGAAGCAGAAAAAGCAAGGUUAACUAAAAGAAUAGUUGAUUUAGAAACCUUAACUGCUGAAAGUGAAAGGUUAGUUAAAGAACAAAAAGAAAAAAUAGUUAAAGAUUAUUUACUUUUUACCGAAGAACAAGAACAAAUGCUCCAAAAACUAAUUUCAUAUGACAGUCUUUAUUAUAAAUUAGAAAAUAAAAAGUUCACUAGAACAGUAGAAAUCAUUCUUAAUAAAUUUGAAGAGUUGUAUCAUCACGAAUUAACCUUAGAAAGACAAAAUAAAGAAAAACAAAAUCUACCUCAACAAAUAACUAAUAUUGAAAAAUCUAUUAGUGAAAUGAAAAGAGAUAUCAAAUUACUUGAAGUUAACCCUAGUCAAGUAGUAAAUAACUACAUCACUACUGGUGAUAUUUUUUUAGCAUCAUCAUUAAGUUUUUGA